CCACCAACUGCGCGCACGGUAGCCACCGCGUCGGCGGCGGUGGCUUCGAUCCCCGACGCCAGCCAUGGGGAAGCCGGCGAGGAAAGGAUGCGACUGCAAGCGCUUCUUCCAGAAGAACUGGCUGCUUCUCUCCACCGUGACCGCGGUGGUGCUAGGGAUUGCUGUUGGAGUCUUGGUUCGGGAAUACAGCAAGCUCUCUAAUCUGGAGAAAUUCUACUUUGCUUUUCCUGGAGAAAUUCUAAUGAGGAUGCUGAAACUCAUCAUUCUGCCAUUAAUUAUAUCCAGCAUGAUUACAGGUGUUUCUGCACUGGAUUCCAAUGUCUCUGGGAAAAUUGGUCUACGUGCUGUCCUGUAUUAUUUCUGUACCACAAUCAUUGCUGUAAUUCUAGGUAUUAUCCUGGUGGUGAGCAUCAAGCCUGGUGUCUCCCAGAAAGUGUCUGACAUUGACAGGACAGGCAGCAGCCCUGAAGUCAGUACAGUGGAUGCCAUGUUAGACCUCAUCAGGAAUAUGUUCCCUGAGAACCUUGUCCAAGCCUGUUUUCAGCAGUACAAAACCACACGUGAAGAAGUGAAGCCUUCGGGUGAGUCAGAGAUUAAUACAACAGAAGCAACUGUUACCACCAUCAUCAUGACAACUGCUGUCUCAGAGAACAAAACAAAGGAAUAUAGAAUCGUCGGCAUGUAUUCAGAUGGCAUAAAUGUUUUGGGCUUGAUUGUUUUUUGCCUUGUCUUUGGACUUGUCAUUGGUAAAAUGGGAGAAAAGGGACAGAUUCUAGUGGACUUCUUCAAUGCACUAAGUGAUGCAACUAUGAAAAUUGUUCAAGUAAUUAUGUGUUACAUGCCACUGGGUAUCCUGUUUCUGAUUGCUGGGAAAAUCAUAGAAGUGGAAGACUGGGAUAUAUUCCGCAAGCUGGGCCUUUACAUGGCUACUGUCCUGUCUGGGCUUGCAAUCCACUCAAUUGUAAUCCUGCCACUGAUAUACUUCAUAAUAGUACGAAAGAACCCUUUCCGAUUUGCAAUGGGAAUGGCCCAGGCUCUCCUCACAGCUCUCAUGAUCUCAUCAAGUUCAGCAACACUGCCUGUCACUUUCCGCUGUGCUGAAGAAAAAAAUCGAGUGGACAAGCGGAUCACGAGAUUUGUGUUACCGGUUGGUGCCACGAUCAACAUGGAUGGGACUGCCCUCUACGAAGCAGUGGCUGCUAUAUUUAUUGCACAGUUAAAUGACUUGGACUUGAGCAUUGGGCAAAUCAUCACUAUCAGUGUCACAGCUACAACUGCCAGCAUUGGAGCUGCUGGUGUACCCCAGGCUGGCCUGGUGACUAUGGUGAUCGUGCUGAGUGCUGUGGGCCUGCCUGCUGAGGAUGUCACUCUGAUCAUCGCUGUGGACUGGUUCCUGGACCGGUUCCGGACAGUGGUGAAUGUCCUUGGUGAUGCAUUUGGGACAGGCAUUGUUGAGAAGCUCUCUCAGAAGGAGCUGGAGCAGAUGGAUGUUUCCUCUGAAGUCAACAUUGAGAACCCCUUUGCACUGGAAUCCACAAUGCUCGAGAAUGACGACUCAGACACCAAAAAGUCAUAUGUCAAUGGUGGCUUUGCUGUAGACAAGUCCGACACCAUCUCAUUUACCCAGACCUCACAGUUCUAGAGCCUGUGGCUUCCUUAAGAUGACGGGAAUGAUGAAGGACAUCCCCAUGAGUCAUCUCUUAAAAUGCAAACUAUAAUUAAGAAAAAGAAAAACACUUUUGGGCAGUUGUACAUUUGAUUUGAUACACAGACCUUGAUUGUUUUCUAUAUUUGGAUUCACAACUUUUGCUCUCGGGUUCUGGGGUUUGGGGGUGGUAAGAUGAUUUUGAAAUUGAUUUUUUUUUAAAAAAAAUAGCUGUAUUAUCUGGAAUUACAAAAUUCUAAUUUUGGAAGCACAUAAAGUAUAACUGUUGAAAUUAGGCAAUGGACAUGGAAAAGAAAAUGCUUUUUCAAUGUGUUCUGGGUUUUUAAAAAAAUACUCUGUCACUGUCUACAAAUUUUUACUCAAGCUUUCUAUUGGCAUGAUUUCUUUGACCUCUAUCAUUUUUAUAGAUUACAAUGCAUACAAACCACCUCAGCCCCCAGUAAAAGUGCCAAAUUGUCCAUUUUGAACUCAAGUCCGACCAAUUUCAAAGAAAUUGCUUUGAAAGAAAACAGACCAGCACAAUUCUGCAAUAACAAUUUGAAGGUGGGGGUGGGGCUUAUAGGUGAAAGAGAAGGGUUCUUUUUUCAAUGUACUGUAUUGUGAUGCUGAAAACACUUAACCCCGUGUUGAGUAUAGAGCUAGAUAUAUAUAUGUAUAUAUUUAUUAUUUUCAUAUAAUCUUUAAGACAGAUUAGAAUUGACAAUGUAAAUGUGAAAUAAAGAGCUCUUCUUAUACUUGAA